AACCUCAUUUCGCACAUGCACAUGGCAUGGGAAUGUGAAAGGAAAAGAAAUUACACGUGUAGUCUGUUAAACAAACUUUGUAAGCAUUAAACAUUAAAAAAAGUAAAUAUAGAAAUUUAAAUAAUGAAAAUAAAAAGUACAAAAAGUGUGUUGAAGACGUCAAAGAAACCAGCUAUGAAGAAGAAGAAAAAACGUUCAAGUAAAAUAGCUACAGGUGAUCUUUUAAAUAAACAUUCCGGAAAUGAAAUGAAUAAUGAAGAUAGCGCAAAAAGUAGCGAAGAUGAAAUGGAUCCAAUGGAACACAAGAAAUCCUUAAUGAAAUUAAAGAAAACUGAUCCUGAAUUUUAUUCGUAUUUAAAAGAAAAUGAUAAAAACCUUUUGGAAUUCAAUCUGUCCGAUGACGAUAACGAUGAUAUCAAUAGCGACGACGACAAUGAUAAAUCUUCGUUAAAUGAUUUGGAUACAAGACAUAUACCUAACACUCAUUUAGAGGUUGCUAGCGAUGAGAGCGAUUACGAAGUAGAGGAAGAUAGCGCUGUAACGAAAGAUAAACGAAAAGUUACGUUACAAUUACUUAAAUCAUGGCAAGAAGAAAUUCAGAAGGACAAGACAUUGAAGACUAUUAAAUGUGCAGUGGAAGCUUUCCAUGCUGCAUUACAAACAGUAUCAGAAUCUUCAGAUACAGAAUCUCUACGGUAUAAAGUAGAAGGUGGUGUAGUGUUUAAUGGAGUUGUACAAUUAUGUAUAUUUUAUUUACCUGAUGCUUUCAAACGUUUCUUAAAAUUGGGCUCAGAGACCCAGAUUCAACCACAUAAAUCUAAAAGAUUUGGCAAAAUAAAGGGUAUUUUGAAGUCAUAUCUAGCCGACUUAAUCAAAAUCUUACAAAAUGUAACGUCGUCUAAUAUACUUACAGUGCUUUUAAAGCAUCUACAUCAAAUGUUACCUUAUACGCAAUCAUUUUCAUCGUUAACUAAACCAUUGUUAAAGAUUUUGUUAAAUACGUGGUCAAGCGGAGAAGAAACUGUUCGCGUUGUUUGUUUUUUAAAUAUAUUACGUAUAGCAACCACUAAUCGAGAAUCAGUUUUAGAAAUGUUAUUCAAGGCCAUGUAUGUAAAAUACGUUGAAAAUUCAAAAUUCGUAUCUUUUACGACGCUACCUGCGAUAAACUUUAUGAGACAUUCGCUGACGGAGAUAUAUUUGCUCGAUAGCAAUCUAGCCUAUAAUCAUGCCUUUUUAUACAUUAGGCAAUUAGCUAUCCAUUUAAGGAAUGCUAUGACUUUAAAAAAGAAGGAGAAUUUUCAAGCAGUAUACAACUGGCAAUACAUGAAUUCGUUGCGUUUUUGGACGGAAUUAAUUACGCUAUCGAAAAACGAUUCUACAUUGCAGUCACUUUUGUACCCUCUUGUACAAAUUAUUAUAGGAACAAUAAAAGUAAUACCAACUCCACAAUAUUAUCCUUUGAGAUUUCACUGUUUACAAAUGUUGAUAGAUAUUUCUAAAGAAACUGGCAUAUUUAUACCUGUAUUACCAUUUUUAUUAGAGAUAUUGAAUUCUUACGAUUUUAAUAAGAGACACAAGACAGUCUCGAUGAAACCAGUACCUUUCAUUUGUAUACUGAGAUUGUCAAAGUCGCAGCUACAGGAGAACGGUUUCAAAGAUAAUGUUAUCGAUUCCAUCUACCAACUUAUCUUAGCAAACGCUGCAAAGGAUAGUCAUACGGUAUAUUUUCCAGAUUUAUAUAUACCAUGCAUAAUACAGUUGAAAGCAUUUAUAAAGAAAUGCCACGUUGCGAAUUACUGUAGAAAAAUGAAACAAUUGUUGGACAAGAUCGAAGAAAACCGAAAAUAUAUCGAAACGGAACGCAGUAAGAGCGCGAUUGCCUUGACAAAUCUGUCAGAGAUUAAAUCUUGGGAGAAUAAAAUCCAAGCGCAAGGGACGUCGUUAUCGAAAUUCUAUGAAUCUUGGAAAAAAAUCUAUCAAUCUCAAAAACUGAAAUUACUUACAAAUAAUGAAGAUAUUGCCGAAUAUAAUUUACCAACUGUACGAAAAUUGAAGAAAGGGAACUCGAUCGAAGGAAGCGGAGAUCUAAGCGACGACGACAGCGAUUCCGAUCUGCCGAUCGAGAAGUCCGAUCUAGGAAAACGUGAACGACAAACCAAAACAAAGAAGCAGAAGAAAAAGUUAAAAAGCAGCAUCGAUAGCAAUGACAAUUCAUCUAGAGAAACGACAGACAUUGUACAAGAUAUAAAAAGCGACGAUUGGGAUUAAAUAUAAUUUCAUUCAGUUGAAAAGAAUGUCAAUGUUAAUGGACAAAAAUAAUAUACACCGUUUGUAAUUAAAUAACACGUUACAUAGUUUUAGGUAUAUUCAGCGAUAAUUACAAGAACGUAUUUGUAUACAUCAAAGUGUUGUCAAUCUAAAGUAAAGCAACAUUUGAUACUU